AUGGAGUCGGUUCCCACCACUGUCUUUGUGUUCGCACCAUUGUCGGCGGUCAUCCUGCACGAAUUUGUCCUGCGACGAGUGGAAGUCGACCAUUUGACCCUUCAGAUUCUUGGACUAGCGAUUACCGUAUACUGGGUUCUAUUCUAUUACAUUGGAUUCGUCGCCGCGACACUGGUGACGAGUUUCUUCUGGGUUCCACUGUGGCUGUACAUCGGAGCGUACCGUGCCUUUUUUCAUGCACUCAACGUCUAUCCGGGACCUUGGGCCGCGAAGCUAUCGCGAUGGUGGACUGUCAAACAGACGUAUGACAGUGGCCUGCAUUAUCAUCGGGUUCUGCAGCGGUUGCAGAGUCGGUAUGGCGACUAUGUUAGGACAGGGCCACGUGAGCUCACUAUUUUUGAUGCAGCUGCGAUUCAACCAAUUCUGGGAGCACAAUCAAGUACAUCGAAGGGUCCUUUCUUUGACGUCAUGGAGAAGUCUUUACAUCUCAACCGCGACAAGGCAUUCCACCGCCAGCGUCGCAAGGUCUGGGACAACGCGAUGAAAAUAUCGCUUUCGGACUAUGCGCCGCAGGUCGAGAACUUCACAGAUCAGCUGCUUACACGAUUGAGAAGCGAGGAAGGAAGAUCCAUUCCACUGUUUGAGUACGCGACAUACUACAGCUACGACGUCAUGGCAGCACUGGCUUUUGGCAAACCAAUGGGCUUCAUCAAAGGCGAGCAAAGUGAUGUCGCUGCUAGUGUUCUUGCUACUUUCACGAAUAGCGUCCAGGCGCUGGGAUACAUGUAUCAUAUGCCAUGGCUGAUGAACGCGAUUGGUGUACUUACCUCGUUCGCAGGACCCAUGAAGGAGUGGCGAGACUGGAGCGUCAGUCAGAUGAAAGCACGCAUGCAGGUCCGAGAUGCCAAACCCGACCUAAUCUCACACCUCAUAAACUCCACCCCCAAAACACCAGAAGGUCGCGAACUCCUCUACGGCGAAUCACGUCUCAUCAUUUCCGCCGGCAGCGAAACGACUUCCUCAGCCUUGACCUUCCUCUUCAUGCACCUCGCUACACAUCCCCAUUAUAUAGCCGCUGUCCGCGCUGAGUUUCUUGCGAACAUCGACAAUUACGACUGCCAGCGCCCCAUGCCAAUGCUAGAAGCUGUAAUUCAGGAGUCAAUGCGCAUGUGGCCUUCAGUCUUUUUCGGUUCACAACGCGUUACACCCCCACAAGGCAUGGAGGUAAAUGGGCGCUUCAUCCCAGGGAACAUGAUUGUGCAUAUACCUCUAUUUCCCCUAUUUCACGAUGCAAGGAACUUCGUUGCACCUGAUCAGUUCAUUCCUGAGCGAUGGACGACGAAGCCUGAAUUGGUACUCAAUAGACAAGCGUUCAUACCGUUUUCGACUGGCUCGUAUAGCUGUGCAGGGAAGGCGCUGUCUUUGAUGGAACUGAGGAGUGUGAUCGGAAGGGUGGUCGCGGAGUUUGACAUUGUACUGGAUGAAGGAACGGAUGCAAACGCUUACUGGGAGGGUAUUCUGGACCAUUUCACUGCAGGAGCACCACCGAUGACGGUCAGGUUUCUCAGGACGCGAUAA